UCGUUGUCACGGUCCAUUGAGAAGUGACGCGAGGAGAGGCUCUUGAGAUAAGAGGGAGAGUGGUAACAUUUCUCUCCUAGGUUGGUUGAUUCUGGGUGUAUAAGUUUGUUGAAUGCAAGUUACUGGCCACGCACUGCGACCACGAGAUAGAAAGCGUGGAACAACGGCGGCGUGGCGUUCAAGGCGUUAGCUGCUUUUGUGUGCUUCUGUGCACGUCCCAAUAAACAAUAAAGGAUGAGGAAAAAGAAGAUGUCUACUUUUGGUGGCAAGGCGUCGAACGGAGCCGGCAAAACCGCAUUUCUAACGGGGGACGAACACGACAGCGACAAUGAAGCAGAGACAGAGCUGAGGGCACUGAGACAAAGGAAGAGGGCGAUGGAAGGAGCACACCGAAGUUACGCUCGCGACAGCGAAGUUACGAUCAGCAGGCAGCAGCAGCAGAUCAGGCAGCUCGAGUUGGAGAGAGAGAACCUGAAGCUGGCGCUGGGCGUCGCGGCCGGGAGACAAUCGAAGGACCGCGCCACAUCCACGCGGCUCGUCUCGCUGCUCCGCAGACAAGAAGACACCGAGGCUCUCAUAGCUCAGGAGAAGGCCAGGCAGCAGCAGAUUGACCGCCAAAUUAAAACAGCGGUGGAAGAAUUGCGCAAAGUGCAAAGGCCCACCGAUGAAGAGGAGGACCUUCCAAAGAAAAUGCAAACUCUCACCUCACAGGUGGAAAAGGCGGAGGGUAAGUUCAGCUCCUUGUUGACAGACAUCGCAGAUAGCCGCAAGGAGAUCGAAACGAUGAGAUGGGAGAGGGACAGGUUUCACAAGGUCCUCCAGAAGCUGCAGAAGGAAUUGGAUGAGUUGAGGAGAGAGACAUCAGCAAAGAUGGAUGCUGGCAAAGAAGUUUUCCAAUCAUGGCGGGAGGCGACGGAGGAGCUCGAUCGGCGCCGUCGGAGCGCCGCCGUCGACAGGGAGCGCCGUGAGGGGCAGCAGCGCGAGCAGAGGCGGGGAGCCGACGCCGCGAACCGUCUCGACGCCUUCCUCCUCGACAAGAACAAGAGGCGGCAGGCGGACGAGCUGUGGCUGCGCGCGCGGAGCAAGCGAGAGAGCGCGCGGCAAAGGCAAAGGGCCGAGGGCUUCGAGGCGCUGUGCGAGUACGAGGCGGCGGUGGCACAAGUCAGCAAAAUCAUCGCGGAGAGAGAGGCCCACGAGGACGUCGCAAAAUCGGAUGGCGAGGCCAACGUGAAAGUGGCCGGUGUGUCCAUGGACAAGCCGAGGGACGGCUCGUUUCCAGGUACGCGCACGUCAAAGCCGAGCGCUUGGGAUUCGCAAGUGUUUCAUGGCGCACGUGUGUCGGAUAAGGCCCACUGA